AUGGCAGAUGAAGCAGCAGAAGCUGUUGUAAAAUUCAGGAGAACGUGUGGGGUGAAACCGGCCAUCCCAACCCUGACACACACCAUGUUCCUCUCUAACCUUGAUCUUAUUUGGUUACAUAUCAACAAUUUUCAAAUGCUUUUCUUCUACUCACCCUCUCCUUUAGUCGAUCACUCGUCAUCAGUAGAAGGCCUAAAGAAAAGCCUCUCCUCUGUUUUGGUGCAUUUCUAUCCUCUGGCUGGUCGGUUGAAGAAGGGUGAAUCUGGCAGAAUGGAGGUUGAUUGCAACGAUGGAGGAGUGGAAUUUACUGAAGCUUCAAUCAAUAUACCCUUCCAAGACUUGGAAAGAGAUGGGUUUCGCCGUAAACACUAUUUCCAAAAGCUUGUUCACGAGGUCGGUCUCUCUGGAGAAGAAAAUCACAGUGGACCGCUUCUCUCAAUACAGGUAUCUAAAAAAACAGGUGGCAUGUGUAUUGGAACGACCCUGCAUCACGCUAUGGCAGAUGGAAAUUCGUUUUGGCAUUUCAUGACAUCGUGGGCAGAGUGUAGCAGAGGAAUCACCAUUGCCAAACCACCACAGCUGGACAGAACAUUUGUGAGACGAGGAGAGAAGAAUCCCUUGUCCAUUUCUUACAAAGCCCAUGAAAUAGUAAGCAGUGAGAUCACAGAGGCCACGGUUUUCAAGCUUGUGGCAGAGGAUCCAGAGCACUUACAACAAUCUGGUAGUGGGUAUGUGGAAAACCCCAAAGAGACUCUUGAGAAAUGGGUGGAUCCCGGUAUGAAAACAGAAGUUAUAUACACAACGUUUUUCUUUACAGAAGAGAUAAUACAAGAUCUGAAACGACGAAGCGGGGCUUCGAGUUCUUUUGUUGCAGUGGCCGCACAGUUUUGGAGAUGUGUAAUGAGAGCUCGUGAGGUGCCACUGGAAGAGACCGUUUGUUUCCUAUUGCUAGCUGAUUGCAGAGGUCGUGUUAACCCGCCUCUACUUCCAACUUAUUUUGGAAACUGCUUAUAUAUGGGUUUGGCGCAGACUACAGCCAACACACUCAUCAAUUCCCCCAUCUCCUUCGCCGCAGAUGUUAUACAUCAACUGAUCAAUUCUUGCUAUGAAGAAACACAGAUGGAUCAUCUGAUUGACUGGGCAGAACUUCCAAACAGAAAUUUUAUAGAUUUAAUUAGAGAAGCCGGCUGGGAAUACGGAACUAAUGUGAUAAGUUCUCCAAGAUUUCGGGUGUAUGAUAUAGAUUAUGGGUGGGGAAAGCCUUUAGAAGUGCAGACCGCAACUAUGAAUGAAAUUGGAGCCAUGUUCUUGUCAUGUGCAAAGGAUGGAGGUAAAAGCAUUUUGGUCUCCACCUGCCUUCCUCAACACCAGAUGGAAGUCUUGCAUCGCUUCCUGUUUCUCGUAGGAGAAAACCGUUCCGUUUUGCUUUCUGCCUAUCCCGUCAAACCGGAAACCUUGAUAAAACUGCCGGUCAAUCUCAGAAAAAACGUUGAUUCAGUCGUCCUGCUACCUUCUGCCUCCUCCCACAGAGGGAAUGCAAGAGAUCUGAAAGCCUAUCAACGAGAUCUAAAAACUGGGGAAAUUGAUUCAACUACAGUUAUGGUAGAAAUAGAACUGCAAGCCGUUCUGAAAAUGUCGAGAACAUCCAUUGUAAAACCGGCCUUCCCAACCCCCCCAUCGACAAUGUUCCUUUCCAGUCUAGAUCUCUUGUUAUUGCCGUUUAAUAGCAGCCAGAGGCUUCUCUUCUACAAACUUCCCCCUGCAAACGAUUACUCUUGA